AAUCGGAAAAAAAGAAGAGCAGAGGAAUUGCUAACGUAAUGUAGUGAAGCGGGGUUGUUUUGAGGAGUUAAAAGUUGUUAGCUUAACUGAACCAUUGGCAGACUAUCAAGGGAUUGCUUUAUUUUGGAAGUACUCAAAGUUGGAAGAAAUGUAGCGACUUUUUGGCCGCCUUUGUCGUUACCUCACGAUGGAGGAACCUGCAGCGAGAGAGUCGGAGAUGUCCCUGUCAGACGGUAACGUCACCUCGGAUGACGAGAUGCCCUUAACGUUACCCACGGACGGCAGCAUCAGCGGAAGCAUCCGAAAGGGAUGCGAUCCUUUUGCCCAGACUCAGCGCAGUAAACUGCAGCACCGACGAUCUCGCAUAAACCAGCAGAUCAACAAGGAAAUGCGCAUGAGAGCUGGAGCAGAAAACCUAUUCAGGGCAACAACCAACAACAAAGUGAAGGAGACAGUGGCUCUGGAGCUCAGCUUUGUCAACUCCAACCUACAGCUGCUCAAGGAGGAGCUGGAGGAACUCAACAGCAACAUGGAGGUCUACCAGACCGACAGUGAGGCUAUCAACGUUCCCAUGAUCCCACUCGGAUUAAAAGAAACCAAAGAGGUGGACUUCACAGUUCCUUUCAAGGACUUCAUCUGUGAGCACUACGGAGAGGACAGCUCUCUCUACGACAAGGAGAUCAAAGAGCUUAUGGAGCUCAGACAGGCCAUGCGUACACCGAGUCGUAACCAGGCCGGUCUGGAGCUGCUGAUGGAGUACUACAACCAGCUGUACUACCUGGACCAGCGCUUUUUCCCUCUUCACAAGAACCUGGGUGUGCACUUCCACUGGUACGACUCCCUGACAGGCGUGCCUUCAUGUCAGCGUACGCUGGCCUUUGAGAAAGGAAGUGUGUUGUUCAACAUCGGGGCCCUAUACACACAGAUCGGAGCACGGCAAGACCGCUCUGCACCAGCUGGCAUAGACCGAGCAAUAGAUGCCUUCCAGAGAGCAGCAGGUGCAUUUAAUUUCCUCAAAGAGAAUUUUUCCAACGCUCCCAGUCUGGACAUGAGCGGUCCGUCGCUCUGCAUGCUGGUGCGUCUGAUGGUCUCCCAGGUGCAGGAGUGCGUGUUUGAGCGUGUCACACUUACCACUGAGGACACACACUUCACCUCGCAACUCUGCCUGGCACAAGAGGCCGCGCGGGUGUCAGACGUGUAUCUGUUGGUGCAGCAGACCAUGACUCAGCCUCUGAUGAAGGACUACGUGCCGUUUUCUUGGGCCUCCAUGGUUCAAGUCAAAUCAGAACACUUCCGUGCCCUCUCGCACUACUACGCUGCUGUCGCACUCUGCGAUCACACACUGUCUGCUGAGGAGGAGGAGUGCGAAGAAGAAGCAGAGAAAGCUUUCCUCCAGUUCUAUGUGGGCGGUCCUGCAGGGCCCCCCCUCAGCCAGGUUUUACGAGAUCCCGAAAAAAGAAGAAAGCUCGGUAAAGCUCACCUGCGGCGUGCGGUAAUCAGACAUGAGGAAGCCAUGCGUGUCCACAGUCUGUGUAAGAUCCUGCGGAAGAUGGACAUCCUGCAGGACGUGCUGUCGCUCACACACAAACGCUCCCUGGACAAGUACUCUGAGCUGGACAGAGAGGACGACUUUGAUGAAACCGCAGAAGCUCCAGAGAUCCAGUCUCAAACCCAUCAGAAACCAGACAUCACUCCAACCAACUUCUCUAAAGUCCAAGUUACGGACUUCUUCCAAAGACUGGGGCCUCUGUCAGUGUUUUGUGCACGGGCCCGCUGGGACCCGCUGCGUGUGAUUUGUCUGCAGAAGAGAGAGGGGGGACUGGGUCUCACGCUCAGAGGAGACUCACCCGUACUGGUGGCUGGAGUGGUGGAAGGAGGCUGUGCAGCAGAGGCCGGGCUAAAGGAAGGAGACUACAUCGUGGCAGUGGACGGACAGGACUGUAAAUGGGCCAAACACGGCGAGGUGGUUCAAAUGCUAAAGAGCUGUAGCGAGAGAGGGGUGGAGCUUAGUGUGGUCACGUUACACUCACAUGAUACACAGCUUGAGAGGAGGGCCAUGUUGCUUUCCAACAUCAGCGAUAAGGAAAACACUCGGGAGCGUCUGGUGGGUGGAGCCAAGGGCCAGAGCUCCGCCUCUUUGUUGAACUGGAACAGGAAGAAGACGAGGGAAGGCAGCGUGGCCACAAAGAAACUAGGAAGCACUUUCAGUUUGUCGUUUGGAAGCAUCCGAGACACGGAGGCCAUGUACUGAGACAUGGCUUCAGAGGAACCACUCAGGGAAUCACAAGGUACGAUACCGUACCGGUGUACACAACCGCUUCCAGAAUGACCGUAGUGCUGCAACAGGAGACAUCAGCAGGAGACAACAACUAAAAGAGGAAGCUCACGGGUCGUCCAGUAACAUUGUUCCUGGCUUCUUUCUGUUGCUAAAUUCAUCCUGUGAUUUUAAUUGGAAGGGACUUUUUUAAUGCAGCGGAGUGUCGGUUUUUUUGCCGGCUCGUCCGUCCAUGUUUUCAGCAGCGUGUGCCAGGUUGGGUCAAACCAUUCGGAUAUGGGGGAGACAUUGGGUUUUUAGGAUAAUUAAACAUCCUCAAUAUAAAAUAUAAAAUUCAGCUUAUUAACUUGAUUUUGAAAGAAUUUGAGAAGUUGAGAAUGUUCCUCGAUUUGGGUCGUGGCUUGUCAUUAAGGGGAGAUGGUGGGUCCCAGAGCCAGACCAGUUGAGAACCACUGUUUUAGAUGAUGGCUGCUAUAAAAUUAGCUGAAGGGUGGGACUCCAUGCCGCUGUUGCUCCUGCAUGGCUCUUUGCUAAAACAAAAAAUAUGUAAUAGUGACAUCGUUUUUUUUAAUGUAAAAGUCACAACGGAUUUUUGGUGUGUAGAACCAGUCACGGGUUUGAACACACUUUUCUCAAUAAAUUGAAUGAGAAAAUGUGUCCAAACCUUUGACUGGUUCUGUACAUCUAUCAGCAGUUGGGGUGAGAAAGGAAGUUACAGACUGUCAAAUAAUACAUUCAUUGAUGUUCCACUACCUAGAUUUCCUGAAAUAAAAAAUUCAAGCAAGCAGUGACUAGUAAAUAUAUAAAUAAACAGCAAAGUAGGAUUCCUACUUCAAAGCAAACCUAGCGUGUAGGUGUUGACAAUGCAGCCAGCUUGUGAGAUGUGACAAGGCAGCUGGCAAAAUCUUACUGAAAGCUCCUUUUUAAUUCCUUCUUUUUAGUUGAGGGCAUCUAAAAAGAAGGGUUUGUGGGUUUGUGAAGUUGAGGGCAAAGCAGAAUGAAAAAGCAAGCUCCCUAUUUCAUGUCUUAUAUUUUCCUUAACAGGUCUCUGAGGGUUACAGACUAACAGUCCUGUGUAACUACGUAAGUGCUCCAGAUUCAGUUACUGAUACUUUACACUGUUUUGUCUACUAUUAUGAAUGCGAUGUUGGAUGUUCUCAGUGAAAUUCUAGUUCUAGUUCUUUUAGUUGUCAGUUUUAGAUGAUUAUAAGCACUUCAGAGGUUUUUGAUCCAUUUUAUUUGUAGUUUUGGUACUUUCAUGCACUGUGAAUCUUGAAAAGGACAAAUCUCUUUUUAAAAAUAGUUUUGUCUUAAUUAUGAACAUGAGAAGAAUGUGAGAGGUUGGAGUUUUUUUUUAAUGAAUUGUGAUAUCGGGAGAUACUGCAGGAAAAGCAUAUGGUGUCCAAAAUGUUGAAUUUUUGUAAGAAGUUUUGUAUUAUCUUGUAUCUAUUGUGUCCUUAAUGGUUUCCAAGAACGGUCCAGCCACUGACCUGUUACAGUCUGCCAAUAUUAAAAACAAUAGAUGUUGAUGUUUUUUUUAAUUACCAUUGUUUGAGUUGUUUGAGCUGUCUGAUGUACCUAGAAAUGUGAUAAAUUGUAGCUUUCUUUCUGUACAAUGUAUGUGCCAUGGCGGUCCAGUGAGAAGAGCAAAGAGCCAGAGCGGACAGACAUGGGGUUUUUUCACGUGU